AGUUUGUUUAUUUAUUUAUUUCUGGUAAUUAAACCAAGGAUUUCUCAAAAGCGCCCUACGGACGAGAUGGGAAAAUGAGACGAAAUUGCAGUUUUAGAUGUGGGAAAACCCGAGAAGAUCAUUUUAGGGAACCCACGUAAUCAGGUAUAGGGACUGAAAACCCAAUCCACACGUGGACCAGGAUAGGAAUCGAACCCGUUGUGGGGAGGGGGAUGGCAGGGGGGUUGCAGGGCCGGGAGGGAGUUGAUCUACUGACCAAUUUUUAGGACUUACUUUACCCGUUUCAGGAUUGUUUGUGAGUUUCUCAGCCAUGGAAUAGUUGAAAGGGAAAAAUAACUUCACAUGUUAAUUACAUGUAUUUACAGAGCCAGGCAGACAGACGCACAUCUUUGGACAGGAUUUUGUAGCGGUGAUACCCCUGACAACUGGGUUGCCAGAAAGCGGUUCAUCUCUUCAGAUAGUUUGUGUUUCUUGUCAAAGGUCAUCUGCCACAGUUCGCAUCACUCUUCUAUAAGGAAACUUUUCUGAAAAUUUUACCAUUCAGGCUACAUCUCCAAGGUUUGUUUCUCUAAGCAUCUCUGAACUUGAACCCUUGGCAACUACCACACCACCAACGCCGGCUAUGUUUAACAUCACAGCCGAUGAAAACAUAACUGUGACCGUCUUUGUCAAGAUUGCCGGUACCCUGAAUGCGUACACAGCUUUCCCCGUAGACUCCCUGGAUGGAUAUUACAUCGUAGCUUCUUAUGAAAGGCCAGAGGAACAUGUGUCCGAACUCACUGUCGUUGCUACUGAACCAGAAACACAUUUUAAUUUGCACCCAUACAGUAAGGUCACCAUUCGUGGUCAUGAGGAUUGGCCAGCAACGACACAAUUUGGGCGAGGAAUUGGGGGAUGGGCGACGUAUCAGACACACAACAGCUUCAUGGGGGGUCAUCUGCAAGAAGUGACAGACAAACCACUCAUUGGCUUUGUGGGAACACACCGUGCAUCCGCGGAGUAUGGUUGGGCUCAAUCACUAGAUCAGCUGCACCCGCUAGUAUCCUUAGGGACAAAGUACGCUGCGGUGCCAGUUGCUGGAAAUCAUCUCCGAAACAUCUUCCGCAUUGUACCCGUCUGGGAAAAUACCAACAUCACUUGGAUUUCAGGACAUCAUUCGAAUGGGAGCUAUACUCAUAAAAGCUUUACACUCAACAGCGGCCAUGUUUUGGAUCUUACCUUUGAUUCCAAGGAAGUCGGGCAAAUUGAAGGCUCCAAACCAUUCCUGUUGCUCCACCAUAUUGAGUUAGGGACAUCCGUUAUGGACACCGCACUGGUAACCGUACCAACAGCAGAACAGUUCACGCGUCAACCGUUCACAUUCUCAACGUAUGAACUGCCAGGCAUAAAAGUAGACACCUACAUUACCACAUUGGCGCCUUGCAAGUUUCUUGAACAGAUUUAUCUUAUUAAGAACAUGGCUGCUUCUGGCUCUGCUUUGGAUUUUGAGAAGACCUUUGGCAUUGAUGAUGGGUUGGAGUACUGCGGGUCAAACAGACAGCUGGAGUCUGGUGUAUACACGAUAGGUCUAUAUCCAGACAGUCCAUCAGAAGCUGUGUACUCCGCCAUACUCUACGGUAAGACAACAUCUGGCGUCUUUGCUUACAUCCUUGCCUCGGAACUCAACCAAGUCACUUGUAGUGUAAAGGACUCAGAACCCACUCUUUGCCAUCCUCCAACAGUGCCCAUCCAGCCUGCUUCUUCAACCAUCCAGACUUCGACUGUAACUUCAACUGGUGUCACUUUUGAAACUUCAACGGCACCUAACAAAAAUAAGAGCGCUCCCAGCGGCGCAGUUAUUGGAGCGGUUGUCGCAGUUACAGUGAUCAUCGUCGCUGGAUUGGCAGUUCUUGGUUUCUGUUUGUUUCGCUACUACAGACGUCGCUGUUGGAAGCACUCGGGCGAUAAUUUGGAGGGCAAGCCCAUGGUUUAUGUCUUGUUGUAAGUUGGUGUAUAAUUUGUGGAGACUGAAAUUUGUAUUUUGACUUGAAACUGUUAUGAUCAAACUUUUGAGUUUUCUUGUCUUUUUCUAGAAUUGAGCUUUUGCAUGAAUUGUUCUUAAAUAUGUUGUUGAUAUUCCAUGUCAGGGCGUGAUUACAUGUAUAAAUAAAUGCAAUGACAUAGAGUCCUGUCGUUAUGGAAAAUUGUGGGUUUAUCAAAAUAUGAGAUCAAUAUCUCUGUACGUAUUUUACUUUUCACAGCAGUUACCGAUCAUAGUAUUGAAAAAGUCAAACUAGUAAACUUGUUGUAAAUUCUUUAAUUGCCAUAAGUACAAAUAUUGUUAAGGACGAAAUUGAAAGACAUGUUAAAGCUAUAGUCCAUCAUUUGCAGCCAUCCGAAAAGUAACUGGCGUAAUUAUUGUUGGAAAACAUACUUGGUUGAAAGAUAGUAA